AUGGUGAUGGCCCAGUUUGGUCAUCACCAGCUGGUGAUGGUGAUGGCCCAGUGUGGUCAUCAUCGAUUGGUGAUGAUGGUGAUGGUGAUGGUGAUGGUGAUGGCCCAGUGUGGUCAUCACCAACUGAUGAUGGUGAUGGCCCAGUGUGGUCAUCAGCAAGUGAUGAUGGUGAUAGCCCAGUGUGGUCAUCACCAAUUUGUCCUCAAGCUGACCUCUGCCAGCACAGCGCUGAGGUCUGAAGGUUCCCUGGCAGCGAUGGAGGAAGGCGAGGACGGCCUGGUGGGGGAGAAGAGCCCCUCAGAGAGGGACGGGGCCACCUCGGACCAUGAGGGCUCUGCCGAGCGUGACGCCUCCAGCCCCCCCGGCAGCGAAGAUGUGGAGUCCAGAGAUGCCCCAGAGAGUCCGAAGGAAUUGGAGAAGCCAGAUCCCGGAGAAAACCCACAGGAGAUGGAUGCCUGGAAUGGGCCAGAUGAGCUGGAUCUGGCGGUGCAGGAGGGGGAGAGGCAGGUGAGAACCCGCAGGAGCCUCCCCGAGGGCUUCUCCUGGGGACCCUUCCAGGGCAGCAUCCACAGCGAGCCGACGUCGCCGGGGCACAGCGAGACGCAGAGCCCACCCGUGACGCUGGUGCUGGGGGACGAGAGCUGCUGGCUGUCCCGACUGCCCCUCGUGCCCAGAGAGCCCGACGCCAACGCCGUGAUCUACAGGAAGGAUGAAGCCCUGUGGUGCCGGACGACGCGCGCCCUGCAGGAGGACGAGGCCGUGUGCGCCUUCGUGGUGGCGGAGCCACCGGCCGUCGCCAACCACCACGCGGUGAAAGCGGAGCCCGGCGAGUCGCCGUACCCGGCCACGCUGCACUCGGACAUCCAGCUGCUGCCGCAGCAAGCCGGCAUGGCCGCCAUCCUGGCCACCGCCGUGGUUAACAAGGAUGUCUUCCCGUGUAAGGACUGCGGGAUCUGGUACCGGAGCGAGCGCAACCUUCAAGCCCACCUGAUGUACUACUGUGCCAGCCGGCAGAGCGCCGGCUCGCCCGCCCUGGAGGAGAAACCGAAGGAAACCUACCCCAACGAGCGCGUCUGCCCCUUCCCCCAGUGCAAGAAGAGCUGCCCCAGCGCCAGCUCCCUGGAGAUCCACAUGCGGAGCCACAGCGGAGAGCGGCCGUUCGUCUGCCUGAUCUGCCUGUCUGCCUUCACCACAAAAGCCAACUGCGAGCGUCACCUGAAGGUGCACACCGACACCCUGAAUGGCAUGUGCCACAGCUGCGGCUUCAUCUCCACCACAAGGGACAUCCUCUACAGCCACCUGGUCACCAACCACAUGAUCUGCCAGCCAGGCUCCAAGGGAGAGGUGUACUCACCGGGGCCAGCCCUGCCCACCGCCAAACCCCUCACCUCUGACAGGGGGGUACAGACCCCCCCGGCCAAGGCUGUGCCCGGCCCCGUGCCCAACGGCAACCACAGGUACUGUCGCCUCUGCAACAUCAAGUUCAGCAGCCUCUCCACCUUCAUCGCCCACAAGAAGUAUUACUGCUCCUCCCACGCCGCCGAGCACGUCAAGUAA